AAGAAGUCUAACAAUGUCAACAAGUUUUUUUUUAAAAAAUAAGGUUUUCAUUGGUAAUAAUCAUAAAAACCUUGAAAAGUUACUAUUUUUCUCAAAUUCUUUGUCAGCUCUAACUUUUCAAUGAAACCUUGUUGAAGAAAUUGAAAAAGAAAAAUCCACCGUUUUCCAGGCCAACAGCAUUGUCACGGCCAACGUCCUUUUUGCGCUUCUUUUGAUUGGAUCAUGUCAUUGAUUUAACACCCUUUUGUUUUUCACACAGAAUUUCCUGUUCUCAUUUUGGAUUUUCUAGGUCUAUUACAGGUCCUAAAUAAGCCUCAUUUGUGCAAAACUUUGCAUAUUUAUGUUAUUUGAUUCUAUAUUUUGGGCUGUUUAAGGAAGAUAAAUUCUGGGUUUUGUUUGGUGAAUUGAGUUUUGAUUCCAAGUUUGAAUUUUUAGGCAAAAAUUUUAUCUGGGAUUUUGAGAAUUUGUAUCUAGAUUUUGGUGAUCGGGUUGUUUUAGAGGCAUAAAAUCUGAAUUGGGAAUGAGUCCAAUGGUAAAAGCUGGAAGCUUUUUGGAUUGGUUUUGUACUAUGAGGGUACUAUAAGGGUUUUGAUUCUUCUACAGGGGGUUUAGCUAUUGAUGAAAUGAGAAGGAUAGUUUAUGCUUGUAAGGAUGAAUCAUCAACCAAUGGUUCAUAUGAAGUCAAGCUGUUCCAGUUUUUUGGUGACUCUGCUAUGUGCAUCUGUGGUGGUGAGCUUGGAAUACAGGGGAAGGACAGAGGAAGUGUUUCUGAGGCAAUUAGUUGACCCAGCAACUGGGUAUGUUGAUAAGGACGCGGCAGAGCUACUUUGCAUCAUUUGCAAGGUAGAUUUGAUUCAACUGAAGGAAGCUGAUGAAAAUCUUAACUUCUGUUUCCCUGAGGAAACAUUUAAUGGGGCCAGUGAACUAAGGUCUAAGGGUUGGUCAGUGUCAAAAGAAAACAUUCAGAAAUUGAUUAAAGUCCCGCAGCCCCAGUUAAAGGAAACUCUUUUAGAUUGUAUAAGAAAGGACAAUCAUCUGUUCCAUGUUUCUGGAGAUGAAGGUGGUGCAGAUAAUUAUCACACAAGGCGUGCUGUUGCAAGAAGGAAUUUGCUUCAGAUCAUCUCAGAGCCCCCAGCCCCAGUGCCUGUCGUUGGAUCACCAUUUCCUAGUCCCUCACCAUCCCCAGAUCUGGCACCUUCUCCAGCUUCCACUCCGAACUCUGUCCCUUCACCACAAGAACCAUUUUUUCCUCACCUAACGCCACCUCCUCCCAGUCCCAGUGAAAACUCUUCUUCUAGUCAAACCUCUGGUCCUAUUGAGCCAGAUAAUGGAAAUAACCAUAAAACAGUUGUUAUUGCAGUAGUUGUGACUGCUGGAGUGACAUUUGUUGUUGCGGCAUUGUUCUUCUUGUUCUGUACUAAGGUUUGUUGGAGAGGACCUGGAGCUAGACGAAAUGAUGAAAGGCCCCUUCUUAGCCUAAGCUUAAGUGACUAUUCUGUUGGUUCUACACAUAAAACUUUUGGCUUAGGAAAUUCUAUUGAACAAGAGAAGCUUGGUCAUCAUUCUUUUGGUAAUAUAUCAAGCCAUGAGAAAAUGGGAUCAUCUUUGGAGAGCCGUUUUAAUAAGUCUGAUGCUCUUAAUGUAUCGCUAGAUGAAAGUAUGUCAUUAGGAGCUGUUAGUGCUGCCGCCAAAUCCUCUGGUGACAGCAAGAUGAACACACCUGUACCACAUCCUCCAGGAAGGACAGGCAGCAACCCUUUUUUGAAGCCUCCUCCUGGAAGGGCAGAACCACUUCCUCCUGAACCGCCUGCUAGUCUCAGGCCUCCUCCCAGUAAGGCUGGUCCUACUCCUCCACCUCCCCCGCCUGCACCACCUGCACCUGCAAAAUCAUCCAGUAGUACGGGCCCUCGCCCCCCUGGUCCACCUCCUCCACCACCUAUUGCUCCUAGAGUGAAACCUGGUCCACACACUCUACCACCUCCAAUUGGAGGUUCUGCUCCUCGACCACCACCACCAAUGCCCUCAGGUCCAAAAGUUCCUCGACCACCUCUUGGAUCAAAGCAUCCUUCCAAUACUGCAUCCAGUGAAGGAGCUGGUAUGGAGGAUGAUGCUGAUGCUCCUAAAGCCAAGUUAAAGCCAUUUUUCUGGGACAAAGUUCUAGCCAACCCUGAUCAUUCCAUGGUUUGGCAUCAGAUUAAAUCGGGAUCAUUCCAGUUCAAUGAGGAGAUGAUAGAAACCCUGUUUGGAUAUGCACCUGAUAAAAACAAAAAUGAACGCAAGAAAGAGUCUUCUUCCCAAGAUCCAACACCCCAUUUUAUUCAAAUACUUGAUCCCAAAAAGGCACAAAAUUUAUCAAUUCUUUUGCGGGCACUGAAUGUGACGAUAGAAGAAGUCUGUGAUGCACUUCGUGAAGGAAAUGAGCUUCCUGUAGAGCUCGUUCAAAAUUUGUUGAGGAUGGCACCCACAGCAGACGAAGAACUGAAGCUUAGGCUCUACAGUGGUGAACUUUCUCAACUUGGGCCUGCUGAGAGGUUCCUAAAAGCAUUGGUUGACAUCCCAUUUGCUUUUAAACGACUGGAAGCACUUCUUUUCAUGUGCACUCUACAGGAAGAGAUCACCUCCAGUAAAGAGUCUUUUGAAACCUUAGAGGUUGCUUGCAAGGAGCUCAGAAACAGUCGAUUGUUCCUCAAGCUUCUAGAAGCUGUUCUCAAAACAGGCAACCGAAUGAAUGAUGGAACAUUCCGUGGUGGUGCACAAGCAUUCAAGCUUGACACACUUUUGAAAUUAUCUGAUGUAAAAGGAGUAGAUGGGAAGACUACUCUCUUGCACUUUGUUGUUCAGGAGAUAGUUCGCUCUGAAGGUGUGAGAGCUGCUCGUGCAGGACGAGAGAGCCGGAGCCUUUCCAGUGUCAGUAUAAAAACAGAUGAUCUCCUUGAGGAAAUUUCCACCGAUACAGAAGAGCACUAUUGCAGCCUUGGUCUUCAGGUUGUUUCUCAUUUGAGCAGUGAACUAGAAAAUGUCAAAAGAGCAGCGGUCGUGGAUACUGACAACUUAACAAGAUCUGCUGCUAAACUUGGGCAGUCAUUGUUAGUAACCCAAAAUUUCCUGAAUAAAGACAUGAAGAAUUUAGAGGAAGAUAGUGGAUUCCAUCAAACAUUGAAAGGUUUUGUGCAGAAUGCUGAGGUUGAUGUCAUGUCACUUCUGGAAGAAGAAAAGAGAAUUAUGGCUCUGGUGAAGAGCACUGGUGAUUAUUUCCAUGGGAAUGCAGGGAAGGAUGAGGGCUUACGAUUAUUUGUCAUUGUACGAGACUUUUUAAUAAUAUUAGAUAAGGUAUGCAAAGAGGUGAGAGAGGCACAAAAGAGGUUAGCAAAAACACAGAAAAAAGAGGCAUCUACUGUAUCAUCUCCCUCUAAUCAGCGCCAACAACCGUUGGCUGAUCUUCGCCAGCAGCUAUUUCCAGCAAUUGCAGAGCGACGUACAGAAGAUUCCAGUUCCAGCUCGGAUGACGAUGGUUAAUCUGAAAGAGGUUGCUGCUAUUAUGGAAGAUUUCGGAUCUUCGCCAGUGGCUAUCAUUACCUAUUGGCUCUGUUUGUUUGCAGGAAAGUUGUUUUUUUUUUAAAAAGUGAAUUCUGGGAAAGUAUUUUCUGAUAUUUGGUAGUGUUAUGGAAAAUAAACUGGAAAACACUUUUCAGUAUUUGGUAUAGAAAAUGAAAUGAAAAAUAAUUUAUUAAUGAA